UUAGAAUUUUCAUCGUCCACUCGUAUAUAUAAAACAACCUGCCCUUGAAUCCGGCAAAAAAGAGAGAGAGAGAGAGUAUGAUGAUGAUGAUAAGGCAAACGUCGAGAAAGGCUUAUCUAGGGCUACGGGCGUCUCCUUUAGGGUUAGGGCGUCGAUUGUACCACGAGAAUGUGAUCGACCACUUUGAAAACCCUAGGAACGUCGGAUCCUUCAACAGGAACGACCCUGACGUUGGCACAGGAUUGGUAGGAGCUCCUGCCUGCGGGGACCUCAUGAGCCUCCAGAUUAAGGUCGAUGAUUCCGGUCAGAUCAUUGAUACUCGAUUCUGGACCUUUGGUUGUGGCUCUGCUAUCGCCUCUUCUUCUGUCGCUUCUGAAUGGAUCAAGGGCAAAACCAUAGAGGAAGUUUUGACCAUCAAGAACGCGGAAAUCGCAAAGCAUCUUAGGUUGCCACCGGUCAAGCUACAUUGCAGUAUGCUUGCAGAGGACGCGAUCAAGUCCGCGGUCAGAGACUACAAGGAGAAGCAAGCAAAGGCUAAUGCUGCCACUGAAGGAGAAACUGUCGAGGCCUGAAUCCACUAUUAAUACUAUAUGCCGCAUUGUGCUGUUGUUGCUGCUGCUGAUGAAAUACAAGUUGCAAGGAGAGGUGUGUUUCGUUUGGUUGUUUUAUGCUUACCUUUCAAUUGUUUUAGUUAAGUUCUUUGAAUAAAUAGCUGAGCAUGUUUAUUAGCUAUUGAUUAACUCAACCGAGUCAUUCUUCUGCAUUGUGAGAGUCAUUCUUCUGCAUUGUGAGUGAUACUUCUUUCUUUA